AUGCAGCUAUCAUCUAAGCUAUUAUCGGCCGUAUGGCUGGUGACAGCCGCAGUGUCAAGUCUGGGACAAGCUCAGGCCACUACGAGUGCCACGACAACGUCGGCUGCCACUGCCUCGACCCCCGCAACGUCCACUGGGGUACCAAACACCUUUGAGAUUGAUGUCAUCUACCCACGCAACGAGACGUACAAUGCCACGGACACCUUUCCCGUUGUCGUGGCGAUCCAAAGGCCACUUGUCGCAAGUCAAAUGGGGAAAUUCAGAUUCGGAACAUACAUCAUGCCUUACAGCAGGGGGGACAACCCGGGCGGAAUUGAUGUUGGCGAUACAAUGAACUGGAUACGCCCGUAUAAUGCCACAGUCUUCACUGAUGAUCCAUUCUUCGUCAUAGAAAACACGGAUGCUACAAGGUGGCGCGAAGGAGUGGACUAUGAUGGGAGGGGAUUGCACGCGCUUAUCUGGUCAAUGAGCUGGUACCCGGAUCUCGAGGAAUGCAAACAGAAAAAGUAUUAUGUUAGUGGAAGAAUCUUUUUCACCAUCGACGACGAGGGUGUGAACCCCAAUAUCCUGGACGCGGCUGAGUGUCCAUUCGAAGGUUCAGUGGUCCAAGUCAACAACAAUACAGAGUCUUGCCCGGCAUUCACAGUAUUAGGGAAGGGGACUGGAAACCCGUGCGCCAUUAAGAUUGACGCAGCAAAGGCAACCAGCAUCUCAAGCCAGAUUGCCUCGUUGGCAACACCCGCUCCAGCAGCCACUACCACGGCUACGAAGGAUGACAAGGAUAGCGCUGCCGGCAGUUUGGGUAUCUCCAUUGCUUUAGCCCAAGCGGUUGUGCUUGUUUCUGCUUCACUACUGUGGAUGUAG